AUGCGUGUCUUUUAUUGGAACGCUCAAGGCUUGUCUAAGGAUGGUGGAAGAGCCAAGUUGAAUGAGCUUUCUUUCUUGCACAAACCUGACGUAAUUUGCAUUGCAGAGCCGCAUAUUUUCUGUACUGCACGUUUUGUUAGGUCGCUUAAAUUGGUUGAUUUUUGUGAAGAUGUUAUUAAAAAUGAGGUUGAUGGAGAAAAAGGUAAUUUUUGGAUUUUAUGGAGGAAUACUCUAUUGAGGCCUGAUAUUUUGUCUACUCCAAAGCAAGCAAUUACUGUGAAAUUUGCGGGGGAUUUCAUUGCGGCUGUUUAUGCUUCUUAUAAUCCGGUGGCAAUAAAGAGACUUUGGCAUCAAUUGGGUUUAGGUUUUAUAUCUAUUCCUUGGUUGGUGUUGGGAUAUUUUAAUUGCGUUUUACGCUUGGAGGAAAACAAGGGUGAAGGCCUAUCAAAGAGAAGUGGAGCUCAAAGAAUUGUCUCUAAACAUGAUAUAGUGGUUGUUAAUGAUGCUUGGUGCUAUAAGUAUGCGAACUGGAGAUGCAAGGCCUUGCCUAGGGUUUGUUCAGAUCAUUCCCCCCUUUUUGGGUUUGCUUUUGAAAAUCCAAGGCCGUAUAGAGUUCCUUUUCGAAUUCAGAAGAUGUGGCUUUCCCAUCCAGGUUUUAUGCAGUUGGUUGAGGAGAACUGGAAUUUGGAUCUUAAUGGUGCUCCCCCUUUUGCUGAAUUGAAACUUGAAACUGAGAAUGGUCUUCUUGAUUAUGAUUCGGCUGAUGAGUUUCAAUUCCUAAAGGUUGCGGAUGCCAAAAAGGUCGUUGAUGAUGUGAGAACGGAGUUGGCAAUUAUGCUUAAGAUGAAGUCGAGAGAUGAGAUAAAGGAUUUCAUUGUUAAUCAUUAUCAGGCCAAGUUCAAUGGUGGUGACGUUCAUAUUGAUCCAGUUUUAUUUGAUAUUGAACAUGAGAGCAUUUCAGUUGCUGAGAGUGCUUACAUGGAUGCUAUUCCAUCUUUGGAGGAAGUUAGAGUGGCGGUUUUUGACUUGGGAGCUGAUUCUGCGCCUGGCCCAGAUGGCUUCACAGGCUCUUUCUAUAGACAGUUUUGGGAAAUUAUUUCUAGAGAUCUCUUUAAUGCCAUUGCAAACUGUUGGUCUAUGCGUAAAAUUCCCAAUGGAAUUAACUCUAGUUUUAUUUUUCUUAUUCCAAAAAAUAACAAAUCUGAUGCUAUUAAAGAUUAUAGGUCAAUUGGCUUGAGUAAUUUUUUCUUCAAGAUCAUUACUAAGAUUAUGGAUACCAGGCUUGGUACUGUGCUAAAUAAGCUGAUCUCUGAAGAACAAGUGGAGUUUAUGAAGGGUAGAAACAUACAUGAGAAUAUAGCUUUGGCGUCUGAAUUGAUCAAUGAGAUCAAUACAGAAAGGAAGCAUGGGAAAGUUGGCCUCAAACUGGAUAUUGCUCAAGCUUUUGAUACGGUAAGUUGGGAUUUCAUAGCUGAAGUUUUUCGUCAAUAUGGAUUUUCUGAUUCUUGGUGCAUGUGGGUUCUUAAUAUCUUUAGCUCAGCUCGGAUUUCUGUUAUGAUUAAUGUCUACCGUGAAGGUUAUUUCAGUAUUACUAGAGGUCUGCGUCAAGGUGAUCCUCUCUCACCUUUGAUCAUUUUUCUUAUUGAAGAUGUUUUAAGUCACAAUUUUUCCAAGUUGUUUGCAAAUCAUAGUAUGAAUGUUAUGGUUAGUAAAAAAGGUGUGGCGCCUACACACUUGCUUUUUGCGGAUGAUAUCCUUAUAUUCUGCAGAGGUAAUCUUCAUAGUUUGCAAAAUUUGAAGAAUAUGCUUGUUUUGUAUGAACAUGCAUCUGGCCAGUGCGUAAACUAUGCAAAGAGCAAGUUUUAUUUUGGAGGUGAUAUAAUUUCUCGUGCUAUUGUUAUUUCUAACUAUUUGGGUAUGGAGAGAGCUAUGUUUCCGGAUAAAUACUUAGGUAUUCAAUUGAAGCCUGGUAUUGUUCGGCAUAUUCAUGUUCGCCAAGUUGUUGAGAAGAUUAUGAACAAGCUGGCUGGCUGGAAAGGUAAACUUUUAUCAUUUCAGGCGAGGCUUGUGCUAAUUAAGUCGGUGAUUUCUAGCUAUGUUAUUCAUUCUAUGGCUUUUUACAAAUGGCCAUGCACGGUUAUUAAGCAAGUUGAAAGGGCCAUUAGAAAUUUUCUUUGGUCCGGUGAUGCUGAGAAACGUAAAUAUUUUACGUUUCUAUAUGAUGAUCUAUGUCUCUCAAAGCGUGAAGGUGGUCUUGGCAUUAAGAAGUUAAAUGAUGUUAAUAGAGCUAUGCUAAUGAAGCUUUGGAUUUCUAUUCGGGAUUCAAACAAGAUUUGGGCCAGAUUUUUGAGGGCCAAAUACUUUAAGGUCAAUGGCAAUCUGAUAAAUUAUAAGUUGGCUUCUUUGGUUUUUCCUGGAAUUCGCUUGGUUUACAAUUUUGUGCAGAAGCAUACAGGCUCAAUUAUAGGCCCUAAUGAUUUUAAGUCUAAAGUAAGUGAUAUCAUUUUUGAUGGUGUUUGGGUUAUUCCUGAAAAAACAAGAGAUUUGAUGAUUCGUUGUAAUAUCGAUGUUUCAAAUUUGCCUGUUAUUGCUGGUGGUGAGGAUUAUAAAAUUUGGUAUUUAGAUAGCGAAGGCAUUUUUUCAGUUAAGUCGGCUAAGGCCGCUCUUAAGACGCCGGCAGAAGUUGUGCCUUGUGCACAUCUAGUUGCUAGGAGGAUUUGGGCUUGGGUGGCUGGAAUUUUCAAGCUGGAACCAAGUGAAGACCUGGUGGACUCGUAUAAGGCUGCUAAGGGUCGAAGAAGAAUGAUAAAGGACCUGUGGUUAGUUGCAAAUCUUGCAAUUGUCACGGAGUUAUGGAAGUUACCCAAUAAGUCUUAUUUUGAUAAUAUGGCACUUCAAUGGCUUGUCUUUAAAGGGAGAGUUUAUCAGGUAAUUCGUGAUAAUUCAAUUAGAAUGAAGGGCCACAUGUAUAAUACUUUAGAGGAGUUACGCAUUCUGAAUUAUUUCAAGGUGCGGCAUAGAUCAUGCAAAACGUCUACCCCAAUUGAGAUUAGUUGGACUCCUCCUAAUCAAGAUGAAAUCAUGAUCUGUUGUGAUGGUGCAUCUUUCGGAAACCCAGGCCAAGCUGGUUCAGUUGUUGUUUUCUGUGAUGCAAGUUCGGAGGUGCUUGGUGUUCUUUGUGUUGACCUUGGUUGGCAAACCAAUUUCUAUGUGGAAGUAUGUGCAAUUAUUUAUGGUGUGAUUGUGGCUAAGAGAUGGAAUAUGCGGAGUAUUUGCAUUCAUUCUGAUUCGAAGAGUUGCAUUCAAGCUUUUCAAAAGGGUGAGCUUCCUUGGUAG